AUGCCGCCAAAGGUUUCUGCCAAAGGGGCUAAGAAAGCCGGAAAAGCAAAGGCCGCACGUAGCGGAGACAAGAAGAAGAAACGACGACGAAAGGAGUCUUACAGCAUCUACAUCUACAAAGUGCUGAAACAAGUCCACCCCGACACUGGAGUCAGCAGCAAAGCUAUGUCUAUCAUGAACAGUUUCGUCAACGACAUUUUCGAGAGAAUCGCU